GGCUGUGAGCCAGGUGUUGGUGUUGUUGUUGUCGUUGGCGCUGCUGGUUCUAGUUCCGGUUCCGGGGAAGAUGGCCGAGUAUCAGGCGGUGCAGCGCGGCGCCCUGAAUCUGAAAGGAGUAGCCGAGCUCGGCGUCAGAAAGAAGAAAAAGAAGAAUAAGGAAAGCAAGAAAAUGCUGGAACAGAUCACCUCAAAUCAGAAGCAGCAUACGGCGAGGGAGGAGGCAGGAGAGCAUAAGAGAGUGACCGUGGACAAAAGAACUCCAGCACAGAAGGCAUUUGAUAAGAUGCAAGAGAAGCGGCAAAUUGAAAGGAUUCUGAAGAAGGCAUCAAAAACUCACAAACAGAGUGUGGAGGAGUUUAACCGACACCUGGAUACCCUGACAGAACAUUAUGAUAUUCCCAAAGUCAGCUGGACUAAAUGAGAAGAUGGAGGAAGCUUUUGGACAUCUUUUUGUUGGGAAUUUUCUUUUUACUUUCUGAAUUCUUUGCAGCUGCAGGAAAUUAAAAUAGACUUGAUCUCUCUCUACCAACUUGUUUGUGAGGAAGAGACCUAAACUGCUGCUGAAUCUGUCGACACAGUGCACAGUUAGAAAAUAUAGUUUCCCUGUUGAACUGGCUCUUGUGGUUAUUUGUUUCCUGAAUCUAGAAAAGUUUUGCGAUGUUGGAAAUGCAAAACCAAUAACUGAUCACUUCUCUUCAUACAAGUGCGAUAUUUGCCCUGGAGUGAUGAGUGGAUUACUCUGUGGGUUGCUUUGUUUAUCUCUAAUGCCUGCGUAGUUUUAGAUCUUUUUCCAGAUACGUAUCACAACGUUCAGCCAUGAAGCUAGCCAGCUUGCUGGUCCUUGCACCAGUGGCAGGCACAGUAUUUAACACAACUUCCUGUUUGUGUAUAGCCAACAGCUGAAUUUAUUUUUGAAAUUGGUUUUCAAUGUGACAGGAAGCUCAGGGGCAGAGGGAGGAAGAUGGCGGUAGAGAAAUAUCUGGGAUGCCACAAGAGGCUUUGCAAAGGAGCCUGAUUGAUGUACCUUCCAUUGUUAGGAGUCAAGUCUGACCAAGUUAGCCUAGGUGUAACAUCACUGGGGUGUAAGCUGUAUCAACCAGAAGGUGGAGGAAUCUAAAAACCUCUGUGUCAGGUGAUGAAUACUGUUCUCUGUAGAUUUGAACUGCUGUGCUUUCUGCACUCAGGAGUGGGAACUUCAAAUCAUAAUAUUGAUACCUGCAGUCAGUUCAGUUAUGCUCUUGUCCUGUGGUUGAACCAGGUUAGCUGUCAUACCCUGUCUGCAGUGACUUUUUCAUUGCUGCUUUCCUCCUGAUGUUUGAGACCUUCAUAAGCCAAAAUAAAAUCUUUUAACGCACCCCA